AUGCCAGCGCAACCAGGAGCUGUUAAACAAGCUUGGUACAAGUGGAAAAGUCUGCGUCUUCCGUGGCGACGAAAGUGGCUCGUUGGCGCUGAUCUUUCUGGCAACACUUUCUGGGAGUUCAAGGACGCCAUCAACGCCGGCCGUCUUCGAAGAAUCGUGCAAUAUAGCAGCCAAGGCCAUUAUGCUGAUGUGAAGAUCUCACCACAAUGGCACCAAUGGUUGCGCCAGGUUCGCCCAGAGGCUCCCACAAUUCAGGAACAGCAGUAUGAAGUAUCUCGGCAGGCACAGAUGCGCCAAUUGGCUGCUAAGGCGGAUGAACGAUGGGCCGCUCAAGAGUCCUUCCUGGAUGCACCUUCAAAGCAACAGCCUGCACCAGCCAUAGGUGUACAGGACCCUGCAGGUUACAUGCACCACAACCAGACAGAGCCUACCGAUAAUGAAGGCGUGAGGAGUGCGGUAGGUGACGAAGGCGAGGUUGAGGCCUCAACUCAGGGCCAACCCAAGGACGAUGGCAGAUUCAAGGGCAGAGGCAAAGACAAGGAUGCGAACCCGUGGAAGCAGGCACCAAAGGGCAACCCAGGAGAUGACUGGCAGCCACAGAGCUGGACUCCUGGCGUCAGCCGUAGAUAA